ACCACCUCCAUCGUCGCCCGACACACCUCCCUCGACACGUUCGACCGUGGCGAGCAUCCCGCAGCUCUGAGAGAACUCAUCAGCGCGCCUCGGCCGCGAUGACUCUCAAUAUCCUCGUCUCGUUCUCCCUCCUCGCGCUGGUCGUCACCGCUCGUCCCAUCUCGGACGCGCCACAAUCGGUAAGAAAGUCGCUCGCCGUACAGAACGCCGUACAGGCUUUCCUAGCUUCUCGCACAGGACAACGUCAGGACUACCUCGCUCACGUCGAGGAAGAUGACGUACACAUCUCCCUCACCUCCGACGAAGAGCAGUCCGCCUUCCUCUCCCGCCUUAACGACCUCGACGCCAUCAAGGCUGUCAUCCCUCUCGCCGUCGGUGGCACCCCCACCGACGACGAGAAGGAGCUUUACGACAUAUUAAAGAACCUCCAGAACACCGACCCCACCUCCCUCGACGCUCUCGACGGCGAGCGCCCUACUCCGGUAGAGCUUGUCGCCAGUAACGUCGAACCUCUGGCCGACGAAGAGCCUGCCCAGGACGCGGAAUACCCCACCGUCGGCGCCCCGGACCUCCACGUCUCUCCGCCGCUCAUCAUCAUCGCCGUCUCCUGCAUCGCCGCCUUCCUCUCUAUGCUUUGCAUCGGAGCAGGCAUCUACGCGCUCACCCACCUCCGGUCGUUCAUGCUCAAGUCCGACCUCGCCUGGGACAUCCUCCCGCGCCUCGAGCGCCGCGUCGGCCUCGACGGUCCCGACGACCUCCCGACCGGUGGCGGCGACGGCGGGGGCAGCACGCCGCGCCCUGGCAAACCCCGCCUGCUCACAGGCGACACCCUUCUCCCCGCCCUGAUCCUCGACGAGAAGCUGAACGAGAAGAUGGACGGCGCCUCCGACAUCUACUCCGAGUCCGCCGUGGACCCCGACGAGAAAUUCGAAGACGCGCCCGAGCACUCGCUGCUCUUCCUCGACCCGGACCUCCCGCCCGCGUACGACGGGGACGACGGCGCUGCGAAGCCCGCGCUGCCGCAGAUCGUCAUCGACGACACCCACGCCGACCCGGACCUCCUGCCCCUGCCCGACCACGCGCGGCCCACCCCGUUCGCGACCCCACUCGCGAGUCCUGCGCCCUCGCCCAUCCAGAUGCGCGAGCUCCCGUCCUCGCCGUCCUCGAAACCGCUCUGGUCGCUGCGCGCCGCCGACGCGCCUGCGCUCGGCCUCUCCGGCUCCGGCUCGCCCAUGCGCGCGCCGUCCCCGGGCCCGCAGCUCCCCGGAGCGCUCUUCUCGGACGAGGAGAUGAUGGUCGAGGUACAGCGCCCGCAGCCGUCGUCGCAGUCGCGCCCGCGCCCGCGGCAGCCGCUGGACAUUGCGUUCGCGCUGCAGCUAAGGCCGGGCCUGGGGUUGGGCGCGGACUCGGCGUGGCUCGUGCGCUUUUUGAUGACGAUGUUUGGGUGGAUGACGGUGCUCAUUGGCGGUAGUGGGGGCGAGGGCGGGGAGGGUGCGCGCCGUGCGCUCACUGCGUAGCGUCGCUCUUCCCAGGUCCUCCAGCUGUUCCUCCUCCGGCAGCCUUCGUUCGCGCGGCGUCCUCACUCACAGUUCUCGCAUGGAUUUCUGAUCACUGAACCCUCGCAUCACCCGCAUUACUUCUCCCUCACUUGCAUUGCAUAUGGCCCUUUUCCUUGCAGAUAUCCCGCUCGUCGCAGGCGGCGGCUGCCGGCGCGGACCUUGGUCGUCCGGCGGCGGCUCGCCCGCGGCGAACUCGCACAUACGUACACACUCCCUGGAUCGCAUACCUUACAGAUACGUAGCAUUGUCGGACGGAUCUUGGAGGAUUCUUGUAGUAGUCAUUAACCAAUGUGAACUUGAC